CUUUUCAUAGCAUCGAUUAUGUGGCCUUUUCCACUCGAAGAGUAUUCUGUCAGUACAUCAAGGUACAAAAUGAAGACCCUAAACCUGGUAUUUCUAUGUUUCCUGGGAGUGUUUUCCUACCAGAUUAUGCAGGUGUCUUAUGCAGCAGACUCAUAUUCUACAUAUUAUGCUGAACUCAUAAUGGAAUCCAGUGCAUUGCCAAAUAUCACUGAAGAACUGGCAUCUCAUCGCUCAAUAAAUGUGCUAGUAGAUAAAACAGCGACCCUUAAAUAUGUGAACAUCACCACAGAAUGCAGAAUUGACAAUGAUAAAACAAACUGCACCUGUAAAGGGGAUUUUAUCUGGAGUAAUGAUGUAUGCAGUUUUCAUCCUCACUGCUGCACUAUGGAGUAUUGCAUUAUGAAAACUGCAAACCUUACACCUAUGUGUAUACCGAAAUUAAGAGUUACUGUCACUGGAUCCAUUACAUUGCAAGGAGAAUAUCAGAAUGACCUGGCGGACAGCAACAGUGAAAUAUUUAAAUACAAAUCUGUGGAGCUCACCAACUUUCUUAAAAAAGCUUUCAGCGAAUUGAGUGGGUUUGACAGUCUGGCAAUCACUCAGUUCAGGAAAGGAAGCAUUAUUGCAGAUUUUCAGAUGAUUGUGAAUGCUCCUUUUACAUCAAAUGACCUUUCUAGCAAAACCAGGGUUUUAAAGGAAAAUUUGACUGCUGAUAUCUUCUUGGAAACAAAAGGACUUGUAAUAAUGGAAAUGCCAAACAUGCCAGUAUGCUUUGGUUGUGGAAUAGAAAUAAGCUGUGAAUUUCAGGAAGUGGUAGAUAGCACCUGGCAGCUGAGGAAAGAAGGAAUUGUUAAAAUUGUAAAUGGAACCGAGGUAACUAUUAAAGCCAACGGUCGUAUAAGUAAUCUCAGCAUAACGAAGGCGUCGGCCAUUUGGAAAGGAUCCUAUGAGUGCAUCUUUCGGGUGAACAAUAUUGACCACAAAGCCUGUAAAGAAUUGGAUAUAGCACUCUUACCAGAAACAGUUGACAAAAUUCUUGACCCACAAUUCCCAGACUGCCUUGGAAAACCAGACAAAAUGCAGGAUAGCAAGAUCACAUACAAAAUAAAAAACGAUAGUGAAAAUUACAUGGUAUAUUAUGACAAGGAAAAAAUUACACCAAUAGGCCAAGGAAAAAAUAAUGUUUCAUCUGAUUUCAUCAUUUAUGAAGUGAAUACGAAGAUUAAUUGCACAACUGACGAAGACCCUGUUGUUGAAUUACUUUUUAAAAACAGAUUGAAUAACACGUUACAAGUCAGCGCCACAAUCCCUGUGAUCCGUCAGACACCAUAUUGUGAAGCAGACAAAGAGUGGCCCAAAGCAAAAAAUGGAUAUAAGGCAACACUUACAUGCAGUGAUGAUAAUGUUGGUCACAGAGAAAGGAACUGUUCUGAUUCUGGACAAUGGAAAGAUGAAAUAUCAUACUGUGUUAAUUUAGAACUUCACUCCCUCCUUCAGGAUGCACUGAGCAUUGGAAAAGGACAAGGAUCUGUUCAGGAUAAAGGAGAGGAAUUGUUUAAACGUAUGAAAAAUGCAACCAGCCACACUAAUGAAAUUAAUACAUAUGCUAAUAUUAAUGCAAGUGUGAAUAUUCUAUCUGUGAUGUCUGAUGCUUCAGAUUCCUCAAUCAUACUAAAGCCUUUAAAGUUUGAAACAUUAAAAGAUGUGUUACAUUCAGCAAGCAAUAUGCUGAGUGAAUCGCUGAACACGUCCUGGACACCAAAGAGUAACAGUGAAACUAACUAUAACCUUACUGCUACGUACCUUAAAGCAGUUGAGGGCCUAUCAAAUCAGACAAACAUUACUGGAACUGACCUUCUCAACUACACAAAUGUAGAAUUUUUUUCCUGUCACUUCAGUAUGUGUGAUGUAAAAGUGUUCAAUGUCUCAGUCUCUAUGAAAGGUAGCAAUAUAUCAGGAACAAUGAGAACAAUAGGAUUUAAGAAUCUUGCUGACCUCCUGCCGAAUGACCAAAUGAGUGACACUGAGCCCAGUAGCAUUGUAGUGUCAGCUACAUGGGAAAAUCAGUAUCAAAAAUCACCAGACAUCUCACUGACAUUUUUGUUGAACAAAAAAAGACCUCGCAAUCACAAAGCACACUGUGUUUUCUGGGACUUUCUGGGACACAAAUGGUCCAAAACUGGCUGUGUCUUGAAAAAGACAAAUCUGGAAGACAAGGUAGUCUGUGAGUGUAGCCACUUGACUUCAUUCUCAACACUCAUGUCCAAAUAUCCUGUGCACCUUCCAUUCUUGAGUGAAUUAACCUACAUAGGCCUAGGAGUCUCAAUUUUCUCUCUCGCCAUCUGUCUUAUGAUUGAGCUUAUCGUAUGGAAUUCAGUUGUAAAGUCAAAUAUAGCACAUUUCCGCCACAUGGCACUUGUUAACAUCUCUCUAUGUCUGCUUUUGGCAGAUUGUUGCUUUUUAGCCAACACUACCACAGGGAACUUGUGUCUAAUUUUAGUGUUGCUGAAGCAUUUCUGUUACCUGGCCAUGUUUUUUUGGAUGCUGUGCCUGAGCAUAAUGCUUCUUCACAAACUCAUUUUUGUCUUCCACCAAGUUAGGAGGAAAGUGUACCUGGCAUUCUCAUUUAGCCUUGGCUAUGUCUGUCCUGCAGUGAUCGUGUUGUUCUCAUACAUAUACUAUGACAAUGGCAAGUUAGGCUCAUACUACAAUGAUGACUGCUGGUUGAAUUAUGAUGGGAUCUUGAUGGGAUCAAUCCAUGCAUUCAUUUUGCCUGUUGGAGUGAUCAUUUUCAUUAAUAUCUUUUCCUUGGCGGUGGUGAUCUCCAAACUGCUGCAACCCUCAGUGUCUGAGGGAAACAAGGGUGAUGAAAAGGAUAUGGUUAAAAGCAUCCUGAAAGCAGUGGUCUUCUUCACACCCAUUUUUGGAAUGACAUGGAUUUUAGGAUUCGUAACAAUGACAGUUGACCUCGCAGAUGGAGUUCUUCCUAUGAUCAUUCAUUACUUGUUUACUCUCCUGAAUGCUUUUCAGGGCAUUUUUAUCCUGCUUACUGGAUGUUUUGGAGAGAAAAAGGUUCGAGAAGCACUGCUGAUCUAUUUAAACCCUGAGUCCAAAUCAGCCAGGAGUGAGACAUCCUCCAGACUCACAUGUCCAAAGAAAUAAGGUUUCUUCCCCCCACAAAGACUGGCUUUUACAUUCAAUUCCAUGCAUCACUGAACUUCUGUAUUCCAUUUAAAUAACUUUUGCAGAACAUAUAGUGACCAAGUGUCUUUAUGCAAUUGUUAUGGCUCAACAUCUACUGUACAGGUUUAGAAAUCAUUUUUACUGUGCCACUUUCUUUUUUCUGACUACAAAUAGGAACUGUUCUACCAGCUAGUGGACUUUUUUGUGUGAACAUGUCAUGUUUCUAAUAAAACAGGCGCCAUAAUGAACUGCCUUUGCAGCAGUCCAAAACAACAUUUCCUCACAUGCAUAUCUCAAAUGCAUGCAUGCAUAUCAAACAAUCUGCAUAUUUGUAUUUUCAAUAUUAAAAAUUAUAUUAACACUGCAAGUGAUAUGAUUACUUAUUACAGUUUAGAUGAAUUAAUUCAGCAGAGCGACUUGCACUGUAGACAGAAAAAUUAUGUAAACACCAGCAUCAAUAUCAAGUUAUUAAUGUUGCAGAUACACAAAAAAAUGCUGUGAUAACUUAUUUCUGACAAUUAAGGGAACUCAUAUACUUUUAACAC